GACGCAUGACAACCUCAAAAUAUUCUCCCAUGUUGAGUUCCUGAAGGAGUUGGUGCGCCCUCCUGUGAUAAUGAACAGGAACUGAUCAUCACAGUGCAGGGUCGGAAGGCAGGGUUAAGGUGUGGGUGUGAGCGACGUGACGCAUGCAUCUUUCACAUUAAAUAGCGGAGCAGGCAAGAACAGGUAAAUCUCACUUUUAAAGCUCUCGCUGGAGAAAAUGGAGACAGAUAAGAGGAGCACUAUUCUUAGAGAGGGGUUCCUGGUGAAGAGGGGUCAUGUUGUUCACAACUGGAAGGCACGCUGGUUUGUGCUAACACCAGACCAGUUGCUGUACUACAAAUACGAAGGAGGGAAAAGGGACUCAUGUCAGCGAGGGAAAAUCCUGCUGAAGGACUGCACAAUAACUUCUCCUUUUCUAGAGCAUGAAAAUCGUCCAUUGGUGUUCAAGCUCCAGACUCAGCAUGGGGUGGAUCAUUUUUUGGAAGCUUGCUCCAGGGAAGAGAGAGAUGAGUGGGCUGCUGAUAUCACGGCUGCUAUCAACAAGCUGCAGGUGACUGAUGGUGCGAUGACACACCAGAAAGAUCCUGCUAAAUCUCAGUUGCACCACAUCAACCUGAGCAAAGUUAUGGACUCCAUGUAUGACGUCCACAGCGGCAUCAAGUUGAGCAACCACAUGGAGCAGGGCAGCACCUACAGCAACUGCUUCUCAGGUUCUGCAGUGGUGGACUGGCUGGUGUUCAUGCAGCUGGCUCUGACCCGUGUGGAGGCGGUGACGUUGGCCUCUGCUCUGCUGGAGGAAGGCUUCCUGCGUACAGUUGGCAUGAAGAGUGUCGAAGCCCUUCGCACUGCUGCCCUAAGCGAGCAGUUCAUGGAUGACUCCACUGCACUGUACAGCUUUCCUGAAAGUUUAAAGAAGAGAGGCAGUGUGAAAGCAGAGAGGUCUCUGUCUGCAGUGGAACUGAGUGGGAAAGUUGUAAAAAGAGGAUAUCUGCUCAAACAGGGACACAGACGGAAAAACUGGAAGGUGCGACUGUUCGUGUUGCGUUCAGAGCCUGCUUUUCUUCACUAUUAUGACCCAACAAAGGAUGACAUAAACCCUGUUGGUGGCUUCUCACUGCGAAGUUGUUUGGUAUCGUCAUUGGAUGACAAUGGAGUUCCCUCAGGUGUGAAAGGCAACAUUCAAGGCAACUUGUUUAAAAUCAUCACCCAGUCAGACACUCGUUACUUCAUUCAGGCUCCAUCUCACCAGGAGAAGAUGGACUGGAUAGAUGCAAUUCGAGAGCAGACAUAGAACUGAGCUGAUUCCAGUGAAACUUGACUCUCCAACAUAACAGCUUGUUCUCUGAAGCUGUUAUGAUUAUAAUUGAAUUUCCUCAUUCUGUGAAUGUGCUGUAGCAACAAAGUGAAUGAAAGCAUCAGAGGCUGAAAUGUUUCUUUUCAUUUGUCUCUAAAAUGUUGGCUCUCUUGGACUGAGUUUUUGAAAGCCUUAAAGUUCAACCAUUUCUCUUGUAGUUAUUCUGUUUAAUAUGUUUGUGUUUUACAGUAUUAUCAAUAUAUAGAACCACUACAGAAUUAUUUUUCUUCAUUUUAAUGCAACUCUUGAUACAACUGAUGAGACAUACAUUUCUUACGUUCAGUAGUUGAUCUUAACAUACUGCUUGACAGACUGGGAAAGUGGGUGGAUCUUCAUAGUACUGCGCUAAAUAGGUUAAAAUCUUACCUAACAGAUCAGGACUACUUAGUUUCAUUUAGUAAUGAUGAAUUAGAGAAAAAAAGAUCACAUGUGGGUUCCUCAAGGCUCCAUUCUUGGACCAUUAUUGAUCGAUGUCUACAUGCUUCCCCUGGCUCAGAUUAUUGAGUAUUACGACAGUUACUACACUUAUACUGAUGACACAACUCUACACUACUUUGUCACCACAUGACUAUUGUAACUUACAGUCAAGGGGUAACACAACCUUUACUUUAACCCUUGUUUUUUUCAGUUUUUUAUUGCUCCUCCUAAAAAUACACUUUUAUAGAUUCUGUUUAGUCAUUUUCUGUGUUUUGUUAAUUAAUCUUAAAUUCUAAAUCUAGUUUAUUGUAUCUUUUGCCUUUGUAAAGCACGUUUGCUUUGUGUAUGAAUUGUGCUAUACAAAUAAAUUAGCUUGACCUUACCUAGAAUACCUUGUUUCUUGGUAAUGUGCAUUUUCUCAAACUUCACGAAGAUAUUUGUCGCUAACUACCACUUAUUUUUGAUGGCUCUAGUUACUGAUUUGUAUCUGAACAAUAUA